AUGGUUUACGAGAUGGGAGGUCGCUUGCUGCACCUAACCAGCAGGCGAUGGGUGGAAAAAGGGAAGGCAAAUGCAUUUGCUGUAUUUUACCAGCAGAGGGCAGGGACGCUUAUAGCAGGCGAACCUAUUUCGGGAAAAUUGUGGUCUUUCCAUCCACAUCCGCUUCCAACGCAAGUUCUGGAGCAUACGCUUCCCGGAAUUUCUCUGACUAAUGGAAUAGUGUGGCACGUUCACGAUCGUUCGAAAUUCUAUUGCAUCGAUGCUAUGAAUAAUGUAAUUGUGUCGGUCGGUUAUGAUGCGGUUGAAAGAAAAGUUACUGGGAUAAUUGCUAUCAUCUUCCAAUUGGAUCCUUGGUAUCUUACUGAUGGACAUCUUCUCUACCCCGGUCAUGCCAUGCUAGGUCGUAUGACAAUUGAUACCAAAGGUCGGCUCUAUGUGCCCUUAAAUGGAGGUUCACAUAUCCUUCAAAUCAAUCCAAAUACUAGAAUAAUAGUACCUAGACCUAUUUACAUACCUGCAGUCAAAGUCAAAGGAUGCGCUUUCGGAGGUAUUGACAUGAAUGUUUUAUACGUAUCAACACAGGCAUUUGGUCCUAAUGAAGAAGCUCCAGCGGGUGAUCAGAGUGGAAAGAUUUUCGCCGUCUCUAACCUUGGCAAGGGCGUGAAGGGACAUGAGGCAUGGCCAUUCGUGAUGCCUUCGUUAUAUAAGUGA